GUACCUAGAAACGGUGGGCGCCGAUUAUUGAACUGAGCAUUAACAAAGCUUAGCACUGUUUCUUCAAUCUCUGUCUAUCUUUCUCUCUCCAAUCGUCAGAAAGCUAUCAAUCAGAUUCUUGAAUCCUUGUCAUUUCGUCAAUUCGAAUCGCUGUUUCGUACACGCACGCGCGCACACAUAUAUACAAACGCACGCUUCUUCUCCAAUAAUUCCUUGGGGGCUCAUCUUCUGUUGGUGUUUCCGCUCUGAUCUUUCUUUCUUUCUUUCCAUGGAGAACAACGACAACAACCACGGCGUCAACAAACCGAACACCAACCACAACAAUAGCGAUGGUCAAGAACACGAAGACAACCCUAAUCAUGUGAAUGUUGAGGAGCGGCAACAACAACAGGAACAUGAAGAAGAAGAAGAAGAAGAAGAAGAAGAGGGAAGUGAAUCCGACGUGGAACAUCAGCCACCUCAGCCCUCCAGAACCCCCUUUACUAAUCUCAGUCAGGUCGAUGCUGACCUCGCUCUCGCUCGUGCCCUUCAAGAACAGGAAAGGGCAUAUAUGAUGCUGCGAAUGACUAAUGAAGGGAGUGAUUAUGGAAGUUGGGAAGGCGGAAGCUAUGUGCUUGACGAUGAGGAAAAUUUCAAUGAUCCCCAUGAUGACAGUGAUGACGAUGAUGAUGAGGAUGGUGAGGAGAUAUAUGAUGGAAGCAAUGUCGAUGAUGAUGAGGAUGCUUUUGAUGUGCAUGCUCAUGAUGAGGCUGGAGAGAAUAAUAACCCCAGCAUUGAAUUUGAUCCGGCUGCCUUUUCGAGUGACGAGGCCUAUGCAAGAGCCCUACAGGAUGCUGAAGACAGAGAAAUGGCUGCUAGGUUGUUGGCCCUUGCGGGGAUAAAUGAUGGGGAAGCUGAGGACUUGGAGGAUCAUGGUGGUAACUCCCAGGACACAUGGGAGGAGGUUGAUCCUGACGAGCUUUCCUAUGAGGAGUUGAUUGCGCUUGGUGAAGUAGUUGGAACUGAGAGCAGAGGGCUUUCAGCUGAUACACUUGCCUCCUUGCCUUCGGUAAAUUACAAGUCUGGAAGCAGUCAAAAUGGAAGCAAUGAUUCUUGUGUCAUUUGCCGGCUGGACUAUGAGGAUGGUGAAACCUUAACAGUGCUUUCUUGCAAACAUUCCUAUCAUUCUGAAUGCAUAAACAAUUGGUUGAAAAUAAACAAGGUCUGCCCUGUUUGCAGUGCUGAGGUUUCCAUAUCCGGCAACAGCUAGUUGGCGUCGAAGACUACAUGCAUUGGUUAACACAACUUUGGUCAUAGCUCUUGUUUAAAUGUGCAUAAAGUUCUCCCUUGUUUUGGAAAGAAGGCGUGUGCCUAGUUGUCUCCAUGUCUUGAAGUAAGAGUGCACAGUUGAAAUGGUUUUCUAUACUUAUUACAUAUGGCGAAUCUUUGAGGGUUAUCUCUGAUUGAACAUGGUUCAUUUAUACAAAUGGCUAAACGGUAUA